ACAUAUAAUCAUCAUAACUCAAGUAGCUAGUAAUAGUUAUAAAGUUUUUAAGCAAGAAAAAGGAAAAUGGGAUUAAAGGCUUUUAUUAUUUUAAGCUUUGUUUUGGCUAUUUUUGUUAUUUUAAAAUCAGAUGUUGCAGCUAGGGAGUUGGCAGAGAGCUCCACCAAUACUGUGGAAAUGACUAAGACCUUCGAGAAGGCAAAUGAGGUCAAUGACGCGAAAUAUCCAGGGGGAGGGUACCCCGGAGGAGGUUAUGGAGGGUACCCUGGUGGGUACCCGGGGCGUUGGUAUGGUGGAGGAUACCCUGGAGGCGAAUACUGCCGCUAUGGUUGUUGCCGAAGGAAUUACUAUGGUGAUGUUUGUUAUAGGUGUUGUAAUUACCCUUCAAAAGCAUCGUCGGAUAGACCAAUUGACACCCCCAAAUUUCUAGGAGGUGAAGUUCCAGGAUUUGUAGGAGGCGUAUUUGGAGGAUUUCCGAGAACAGGAUAUGGUGGAUACCCUGUUGGUGGGUUUGGUGGACCUGGUGGUGGAUAUGGCGGAUUUGGUGGAUACCCUGGUAGUGGUGGUCGAGGAUAUUAUGGAGGUUAUCCAUUUAGAGGAGGAUAUGGUGGAUUUUAUCCUGGUGGUGGUUAUGGCGGAGGAUAUCCUAGAGGUGGUUGGUACGGAGUAUUGCCUCGCAACUAAUAAUUAAUUAAUUAGGUUAUAAGGAAUACAUAUGAAGAAAUAUUUAUGGUGGUUAGUUAUAUAUUUGUACUUUAUGUUUUAAUAACAGUUUUAUGUUGCAACUUGCAAGUAUGAAUAAAUAUUGUAUCGUAAGUCUCCAUUCACUUACUACUAUGGAUGGAUGGUCAUGUCAUGUUUCUUUAUAUAAAUAAUAAAUAUAUGAGAGAUUACUUAUA